UGACCGUAAACGAUCAGCGACUGUCGCACGCUCUCUGUACAAGGUUAAAUCAAACGUCGCUGUACAAAAGCAAACUUACGACGUCGACAUUCGGCCAAGGUCCCCAAAGGGAGACCCAAACAUGGAGGCGCGUAGGAGAGCAUCUUGGAUAUAAGAGCGAUGGACUCCAUCAAAGCUGUUCUGGUGACUGGGGGCUCAGGAUUCAUUGGCUCCCACCUUGUCUGUUCCCUGCUUAAGAGGCAUCCAGAAUGGAACAUUUAUAACUUGGAUAACUUAGAUUACUGCUCCAGCCCAAGGAGUCUGGAGAGCGUUGAAAACAAAGCAAACUACACGUUUAUCAAGGGCGAUAUAUGUAACACGCAGCUGGUGAGCAACAUCUUCGAGACACAAAAUGUCGACGUCAUCUUUCACUUGGCCGCCAAAACUCACGUGGUUGUGUCGUCGCGGUUCCCCCCAGAUUCGUCCUUCCGAAGCCCGUCCGCUUUCCGGCACGUGAACGUCGACGGAACCCGAGUUUUGCUGGCCGCUGCCAGUCAGACCCGCCACCGGCCUCGGCGCUUCAUCCACGUCAGCACCGACGAAGUGUACGGCUCUAGUCUCGAUGAGGUUUUUGAUGAGAACAGUCCCAUGAGGCCUUCCAACCCGUAUUCCGUCUCAAAGGCAGCUGCAGAGGACUUGGUCAGGUCAUACUGGCAAAAGUAUAAGCUUCCUGUUAUCAUCACCAGGAGCAACAACAUCUAUGGUCCGCAGCAAUACAUAGAUAAGGUCGUCCCCAAGUUUCUCACCCUCUUGCAAAUGAACAAGAAGUGUACUAUUCAGGGAACCCUCCCCAAAUCCCGUCAUUUCCUGUUCAUCGAUGAUGCAAUCAACGCCCUCCUGCUGAUUCUGGAGAAAGGGAUUGUGGGAGAAGUGUACAACAUUGGGGCAAACUGCGAGAUAGGCAUUGUGCCAUUGGCCAGGGAACUCGUAAAGAUGGUUCGGAAGGUGCCAGAUGUCGAGCUGAACGAUUGGCUUGAGUUUGUGCCGGACAGUAAAGCACCAAGUCGCUGUCCAACGCUCUGCAGGCCGAAGGUUGACAUCCGCUACCCCAUCAAAAGCGAGAAGCUGCAGCAGUUGGGUUGGAAGGCCGAGGUCUCCUGGCCUGAAGGCAUCGAACGGACCGUUAGAUGGUACCAGGACCACCCAGACUUUUGGUCAGACACACCAGAGGGCCCAAGAGCGAUUCCAAGCGUGUCGGAAAAUACCAACGAGUAGGCGACACGGCUUUUGACCACCAGCUCAAUUUUCUGUACUGCGCAACAUUUGUCGGACCAAAGCACUGUGACAUAAACGUGAACGCAUUUCAUCUGCGGUGACGCGGACAAUAGCGGUCUUAUUUUGCCUCGAUUCCAACUGCGCACUUGUUUCCAUCCACCCGUUCUCUGUCGCGGGCGUGCCGGGGCCCAUCCCAGCUGACUCUGGGCGAGAGGAAGGGUACACCCUGAACUGGUCGCCAGCCAAUCGCAGGGCGCAAAGAAACAAACAUCCAUUCACACCUACGGACAAUUUAGAGUCUUCAAUCGACCUAGCACACGUUUUUGGGAUGUGGGAGGAAACCGGAGAGAGAACCCAAAAAAAAAAGUCGCACGGGGAGAACAUGCAAACUCCAUAGGGAGACCGGAUUUGAACGCACAACCUCAGAACUGUGAGGUACACGUGGCCACCGUGUCGCCCUACUUGAACAGCUAAAACAAAAAUAAUAAAAUGUACCGGCAUUACCAGACAACUAUCAACCCUUUACUGCUCAGUGACUUUUUUUUUUUGUCGAUGUCUUUCUGUCUCCAAAGCGUUCUCUGUCAAUUGACCGUCUGUUGUCGUACUCGAGCGGCUCCGACGACCGGAGACAAAUUCCUUGUGUGGUUUUUGGACAUACUUGGCAAAUAAAGAGGAUUCUGAAAAAAACAAAACUCAACCAACAUUGUAGUUCAAGUAGAAAAUGCAGGUGCCCCUUUCUCAUUAUUUGACAAAACAAGACGCCGGUUGGCCUUCUGCUUUAGCGAAACGGUUAGCCGUUAAGAGAGUGAAAGUGGCACGAAGCAGAUAUCCGUGUUUUGUUUCUAAAUACAUUCAAUAUGUUUGAACUUGGAACAAUAGAAUGCUGAAUUGUCGAGCUAUAGCUGAAGCAUCUUUUUCACCUGUUGGAAUUUUCCUGAUUUUUUUUGUGGGCGGGGCUAAAAACUCUCGUGCCAGUUCCCUCCCCAGUACAAACUGAUGUCAUUUCGUUUGGCUGCUCGGUUGAGCGUUAGCCGCGUUUACCACUCCAGCGUGCAAGUUCGCAGGCUAACGAAAAUGCGUCUUCGCCGGAUGCCUCAAUUUACAGAACAGCUCGGUGACGUUUGUUAUAAAUAAAAAUGCGAUGGAUUGACUUUUGAAAGACACGCAGAUGGCGAGCUGAACCUCAACGUGACUGCACAGAUAGUUUUGUAAACUUUCAGCAGAGACAUGGCUUGGUGGGUAACUUGAUGCAAGUGAACGGUGAUGUCGCCGACCACGAGGCUAAGUGGACUUGUGUGCUUAUUUUUUACGAUUCUACUCCCCAAUAACCAUUCAAGUUUGAAGUUAAGCCUCGUAGCGGGGAUUUUUGACACGGUCUAAGCUAUCGCCCGCUCAGUAUGUUCGAUUCCUUUUGGCGCAUCCAUUCGAGACGCCCGCAGCGUCGUGAGUGCGGAGAGGUGGCCCUUUACAAAUCGAGUUCUGAAGCCUGAUUUUAUAUACUUGGCAAUUCUUUUCUUCUUCCCCCAUUCAAAUUUGGCAAGCUCGCUCGUUAACAUGACUCUUCUCCGCGGUGUGUCCAAUUGACGUUUUUUUGCGCCUGUUUCGUGCCACUUUAACGGCAAAAAUAAAAUGAUCCAACCGCUUGAGUGAGAUCUUUUCUCAAGCGUACAACCAAGAAGGAACAGAAGCAAGUUAGUUUUGCAAAUCCAAACCUUUAAUUGUGGUAAAAUCACAAUGGAUGCACAAUAGUUUUUUUUUGUUUUUUUCCUUUAGUGCUCCUCAUCGUGCACAACUGCUAAACUAAUACAUAAAGCAAAUACUAACUAGCAGGCUGGUGGCGCCGUGUGUCCACGCUGAACUGUCUGGCCAGUCAGUCAUGGGGCAACAUCAGGCUUCACACACACUGGGAGUACAACUGAGAUUUCCUCGCAAUCAAUCACCUUACCGAAUAAAACCCAAAAGUGUUUGCUGUCGCCGUAUCACCUCAGUUGGCUCUCUGUAGGGUAUUUUCUUCCUCCCCAGGUUGCCAUUUGUAAACAACUUAAAGGGCCGUCAACUCGCAUUUACAAAGUUGGGAAUAGAAAAGGCUGCAUAUCUUUGACGUGCCACCGAUGGGGAAUGUGCAUUCUGGACCACAAAGGCAGAAGAGCUACGACAGUGAAACGGAAAACGAGAUCGAAUGGUAUCACCGUACAUCGUUCGCCCAUUUCCUGACUGGCCGGACGCUCGGCAGUGAGCGCGCCGUGCCUGAAAAUAUGCAGAUCACAAGAACAUAGCAAUAGAAGCACACUUACUUCUGUGUUACAGACUUUGAACAUCCCCACUUGAUAGACAAUCACACGACAGGUAUUAACAGGAAGGAAAAGUGUCAAAACAAAUGAACGACGACAACAAAACUGACUUGGCGCGAAUCUGGACAUGUUUGUACUGCAUGUUUGUUUUUUGUUUUUCUUUUUUCUUACAAAAUGGUUUUUGAUUCUUACAAUUUAAUCCAAACCUUGGCAUAUUUGGUGGAAUUCUUUCAAAUUUAAAUUUUUUGGGGGCCAAUUGAAAAUGGCUGCUAAUGGUGUGUUGUUAUCAUCGUCGUCGUCACGAUUGGCAUCGGAACCUGUUGUACAAACAGGUUGGCGGAUCUGAUACGGAGUCCAAUGAGACUUUCGGGGUAAUCGGUUUCUCUCCGCGCGUCACGUCUGCGAGCGCCGAUGCCGUUCGAGCUAACGGUUCGGCGAGAGUGUGCCGUUCCAGCUCGUCACGCGACGGACUCAGAGAGAGCCUAUUACGCCGUUAUUAAAAAGCUCACACUACCCCAGAAAAAUAGAAAUUUUCACUCGUACCAAUGACAUCCAACAUUCAUGUGCCAGUGUUUUUGUUCACUGUCUUUUGGUCAAGUCACUUUUUUAAACAUUUG